CGGUGCGGUUGCUGGCUGGUUGGAAUUUUAAGAUACGACAACCGCCCUCCGAGCUGACCAUACCGAAAAAUGGUCAAUCAAAUAGUUCAACAGUCGAAAGACUGGAUACUGAAAAACAAAGCCACCACUUUUCUGGCCGUCGCCUUGUUCGCCAUGGUGAUCACUACCAUUGCGCUAGCGGUGUCCAACAACAACAAUGCAGCUGAUUUGUCAAGAUGUCAGGAAACGAUCGAUGCCUUAAUCGCGACGACUACCACUCCCGACGCUCCCACUACCACGGUUUCCAACGAAGAUACAACUGUAACCCUGGAAUCGACAACCGUCAGCGUCGCUACUGAGACUCCUGGUGGUGGGAUCAACUAUCGUUUACCGCAGGAUAACGUACCGCUACACUACGAUCUUCUGCUGCACCCGAACAUGGCGCUUGGUACCUUCACUGGCCGAACCACGAUUACGAUCCGCACGACACAAGCCACCAAUCGAGUGGUGCUUCAUAGCCAUCUGUUACAGAUAGGCCAUGUGGAAUUCAAGUGCCACAACGAUACGUCUCUAGCUUAUAAGGACCAUGGUUUCGAUGACGUGCGUAGCCUUUUGGAGAUCAACCUGAAUGGCAACUUGGGCGCCCAGUUCGAAUCGGAGUUGACGAUCGAGUUCAGCGGCAGGUUGGAUGAGCAGAUUGUUGGAUUUUACUCCAGCUCGUACCGCUCGGAGACCGGCACCGAAGUGUAA